UCCGCAGGCGAUCCCACUGUGACUUUUACUUCCAAGUCCUUAAACCCGGAGUCGGACUGAUCGUUAUCUCACAUGGAUUAUGCCCUGCUUUCUGCCUUUUCUUCCCUGUUGCCUUAGAGGAAACUUUCCCCGCACCUAGUCAUGACCAGCCUGUUAAAAUGGACUACUUUUCUUUGGACUGUACACUUAACGCCUUCUAUUUUUGGAAUGGCAGUCAAUGACCAAGCAGCUCACUCCUGUCCCCUGCUGAAUGUAGAGGAUCUCAGGUUUUCUGAUAGCUUAGAUGAACCUCUGGAAAUCACGGGAUUCGAUCUCACAGAAACGUUUCUUCUCCGUAAGGGGACAGUCACAGAAGACCUGCAUUCAUUUCGCCUGGGAAGCACCCCACUUAUCAAGCCAACUAAACAAAUAUUUCCAAACGGAUUGCCAAGGGAAUUUUCGCUGGACACAAUAUUUCGUGUGAGAAGAACUACAAAAAAAGACCGAUGGUAUCUUUGGCAGAUAUUCGACCAGGCUGGAGACACUCAGGUUUCAAUUGUGGUUGACGGCAGCAAGAAGCUGGUGGAGUUCUCCUCCCUGGGCCUGCCGAAGAAUGUGCUCCGCUACACGUUUAAGAGCCGUGACCUACACGCCCUCUUUGAUCGCCAAUGGCACAAACUGAGCUUUUCUGUCCAGACCAACAUUGUCUCUGUUUACAUGGAUUGCAAGCUAAUAGAAAGAAGGCUGACUGCAGAACAGGAUGGCAUCGACCCAAGUGGGCAUACACUCAUCACCACCCGAAUACAGGAUGGACGGCCUGUGGAUGUCGAACUCAAACAAAUACUGCUAUACUGCGAUCCUUUUAUAGUCGAUAUGGAAACAUGUUGCGAAAUACAGGAGCCAAAGUGUGAAGCCAAGAAGACAUUUAAUGGGACCUCCCCUCCCCCAGUUAAAGCCCAGCUUCCGCAAAUGCUCUUUCAGCCAGCCACACAGCCAACUGACAGAUGUCACGGUUCAGCUGAAAAGGGGGAUGCUGGUCUUCCAGGUUUAGUUGGAAAUCCUGGACCAAAAGGAGAUAUUGGGGAAAAAGGAGACCCAGGUGAGGACUGCGCUCAAGGAAUCCCGGGUCAGAAGGGAGAAGACGGAUCAGAAGGACAGAAGGGGCUCAAUGGGGAGAAAGGUUCAAGAGGUGAUCCAGGACCGGUUGGUCCAAAGGGACAAAAAGGUGAUGUUGGUCUGCCUGGAGCGCCAGGGCUUCCAGCGGACAAAGAAUGCUCCAAAGGAGAUCAGGGUCUGCGUGGUGAGAAAGGAGAGAAGGGAUUGGAUGGGGUGCCUGGCCAGCCAGGGGAAGCAGGCAAGGAGGGCACAAGGGGGCGCAGAGGAAAGACUGGGAUGCCUGGACCUGAAGGCAAGCCUGGGGAGAAGGGCGAAGCUGGUGUCCCUCAAGAAAAGGGGGCAAAAGGAGACAGAGGAGACCUUGGUCAACCAGGUGCUAAGGGUGCCGAAGGGUUGAAAGGACAGAAAGGUGAUGCUGGACCCCCCGGUCCACCUGGUCCUGUGAUGACAGCUCAUGGAUUAAAGCACCUCUCUGGAACUGAUGAAACGAUAACUAUGCAGAAGGGAGAGAAGGGAGUUUGGGGAAAGCAAGGCCCGUCUGGACCAACUGGACUUCCCGGCCUCCCCGGAGAACCAGGCUCACCAGGGGUGCCUGGGAGAGAUGGCCGAAAAGGAGAGAAAGGCGACUUGGGAGAAGUGAUGGGGAUUCAGGGACCUCCAGGACCAAAGGGCGAGCCCGGAGAGCCUGGAUAUGUGGGUGACGGGCUGUCUAUGUCCAGAGGUUCUCGUGGCCCCAAGGGGGAGCGAGGCAUCCCGGGACUGCCUGGAGAGCACGGUAAUAAAGGCGAGCCUGGAGAGAGCAUCACAGGCAUGCCUGGCCCCUUGGGACCUCCAGGAAAGCCAGGAACUGAGGGUCUUCAUGGAGCCCCAGGUUCACCUGGGCCUGCUGGAGCUCCAGGAAGGCUGGGCCCUCCUGGCAGCCCGGGCCCCCCUGGCCCAGCUGGACCUCCAGGUGAACCAACUGCACUACCAAUUGUUGGCGAUAUGGGGGCUUUGCUUAAGAACGCCUGCAGUGUUUGCCAGAUGAGAGUCUCCGGGCUCACUGGGCAGAAGGGAGAGAAAGGUGCCCCUGGAGUGCUUGGACACGACGGCAUGGUGGGAGAAAAGGGGGAUCCAGGUGUCAGAGGUCCAAUGGGGAAUCCUGGGAAAGAAGGCCCAAAGGGAGUGAAAGGAGAGAGAGGCUUCUAUGGCCCAACAGGAGAUAAGGGCGAUGAGGGGCCUCCUGGAGUCCCGGGACUUCCUGGAAUGACAGGUCGCACCGGGGAGCCGGGGCUAAUGGGUCGUCCUGGACCAAUGGGUCAAACAGGAUCUAAAGGGGAAAGAGGGAGUGAAGGACCACCUGGUCGACCAGGCCUUCCAGGAUCUCCAGGGGUACCCUAUGUGGAGGGCAAUGGGAUGAGCAGUCUGUACAAGCUGCAGAGUGGUGGAGCUAUUUUAGGACCCCCUGGGGCUCCUGGUGCUCCGGGCCCCAAAGGAGAUGAAGGACUUGCAGGGGAACCUGGGCUCAUGGGAUUACCGGGGCUCGAAGGUCUACCAGGUGCUAAGGGUGAUGUUGGUCUGUCUGGUCCCCCCGGAAUACCAGGCCCUACAGGAAAGCCCGGCCCUCGGGGAGAACCAGGUAUCCCAGGAGAGCCGGGUGAGAGGGGGCCACUUGGAGAGACGGGGUUCCCGGGACCCGAGGGACCGCAAGGUGUUGCUGGCAAACCUGGAAAAGAUGGAACUCCCGGCUACAAGGGUGCGCCAGGGAGACAGGGGGACAGAGGAUCUAAAGGUGAACGUGGCGAUCCAGGAAUUCCCGGAGAGAGAGGUGUCCAGGGGGAAAGAGGACGCCCAGGAGAUGGGGGCCUGAUUGGCCCGAGUGGACCACCAGGACAAAAAGGAGAUUCUGGCCCUCCAGGACAGUUGGAUGAUUCCACCUUCAGGGAAGAAGUCAAAAUGUUCAUCAGGACAGAAAUAUUAAGAAUCUUUGAAGAAAAGUUGUCAAGCUCUAGCGUCCUUCAGAAGCUGCCUGCAGGCAUCUUAGCCUCACAAAUCCAAGGACCUCCAGGACCACCUGGCAAAGACGGGUUACCAGGCUCACGAGGACAGCCUGGUUCUCCAGGUCCUCAAGGCUAUAGGGGACAGAAAGGAGAAAGAGGUCAGGUUGGUCUGGGCCUACCCGGUGAUCCAGGACCACCAGGCCCUCCUGGUGCAACUUCCCAGGGUCCUCGUGGCUCUCCCGGGCCCCGUGGACCAGUGGGGACAUGCGACCCAGGUGACUGUCAUGGGUUUGAGCGCAGCGCAACCUCGGGCCAUCCUGCUCCAAGCUCACUUGUGCAGCCAGACGCUAUCCGCAAUAAGAAAGGAGCGACAGCGUGAUUGGUGUCCUCCACCGGGUCUGUCCAACCAACACUUGGAUGCAGUAGGGGCCUUUUUGUGACAUUGCUAAUGGGCUUGUUUUAAAUACAGUAUAUUUUUUAAAUUAUUAUUAUUGUUUUUAUUUUAUUUUGCAAAGCCGUACUUUUAUGUUAGGUCUUGUUUUCACCUGCCCCUUUCCCUGCUGUGAUGUAAUGCAUUCCUUGUCAACACUCAUUACAUCUCUCAAGACUAUGAAAUGACUUUGUUUAGUCACUUUCAACCCCGUCGGAAUAACAUGAUAUUAAUUAUUUGUUUGUCUCCUUAAUUGGCAUGGCUAUGCACCCUUCUGUUCUCGUUCAGAUAAGAUGUUGUGCUAGCAGAAGGUAGAUCGUGCGUGUGUUUGUGCACACGUGUGUUUGCUUGCGCACACAUGCGUUCGAAAGACGACAAAGAAUGAGAUUAGCUGAAUGUUUGUUUCAUGUGCGCCUUUGAGAGAAUUAGGCGCUCUUAACUUCUGUCGACUUUGCGCAGUGGUCUUCACGUUGAGCCGUCGCCCUGUGGAACUCCUCGUUAUCAGAGUACUGCAGAGCCAGGGGUGACCCAUCUCAUUUGAAUAAUAUUCUGAUAAUAGAAGCGCGUUGGAGAGAGAGAGGGAGCAAACAUCUAAAAUUAAAAAAAACUCUUAUGGGGGAAAAAAGAAUACAGCGCCUUAUGUAUAACCAAAGUCCAUCCACUGUGUCUAAUAUAGAAUUAUUUUUGUGCCGUGAUCCUAAAGAAUGUAUUAAAAGGAACUCUUUUUUUUCUGGAAUGUGGAGUAACCCAUUUAUGUAUCAGUGUGGGGUAGCUUAGUUUUAUUAUAAAGUGAUUUGCAUCGUGCAUGAUAAUCAUUUUUUUGAAAUAAUCUAAAUAUGUCUUCCCAUUUACUGGUAUAUCAGUCCAGAAUUAGCUUUGCCAUGGCAACUGGGUGUGCAGAAAAACAGGGGAAAAACAUAUUGAGGGCAGUUAGUUAUACACGAAGAAAACAAUUUGUUUUCUUUCAAAGUUUUUUUCAUGAGGUUGGUGUAAUUCACCUUCAUGACAGUUUUAGGGCUAUAAAGGUUCCACACUCAAAAUAGUUGAAAAAAAAAAAUUAAAA